AGUCCGUCACUCUCACAGAAGUCUUUCCUUUCUUCGAAAAGCCGAACUGCCUCUCACCUUCAAAAGGCUCUUUAAAAAUAAAAAUUUCUUUCACCAAACUCCCAUUUCCUUCUUCUCUCUUUCUUUCUACCUAACCCCCAUUUCCUUUCCUUUCCUUCGUCUUUUCCACCCAAAAGAUGGAAGCCUCCCCUGCUCUUUCUCGCAUAGGCCUAGCAGGCCUAGCCGUCAUGGGCCAAAACCUUGCCCUAAACGUCGCCGAAAAAGGCUUCCCAAUCUCCGUCUACAACCGCACCACCUCCAAAGUCGACGAAACCGUCCUGCGAUCUCAAGAUGAAGGCCAGCUCCCACUCUUUGGCCACUAUUCCCCUCGCGAUUUCGUCCUCUCUAUCCAACGACCCAGAUCUGUCGUCAUCUUAGUCAAAGCCGGCUCACCCGUUGAUCAAACCAUUGCCGCUUUAUCCGACCACAUGGAGCCUGGAGACUGCAUCAUCGAUGGUGGUAACGAAUGGUAUGAAAACACCGAGAGAAGAAUCCAAGAAGUUUCCAAUAAGGGUCUUCUUUAUCUCGGCAUGGGCGUUUCCGGCGGCGAAGAAGGAGCCCGCAACGGCCCAUCGUUAAUGCCCGGAGGCUCUCACCAAGCCUAUUCGAAUAUCAAAGACAUACUCGAAAAUGUGGCGGCCCAAGUCGAAGAUGGACCCUGCGUUACUUACAUUGGCGAAGGAGGCUCAGGUAAUUUCGUUAAAAUGGUUCAUAAUGGAAUCGAAUAUGGUGAUAUGCAGUUAAUUUCUGAAGCUUAUGAUGUUCUUAAACAUGUUGGGGGGCUUUCGAAUGAUGAAUUGGCGGAGAUUUUUGCGGAAUGGAAUAGGGGAGAGCUUGAAAGUUUCUUAAUUGAAAUAACAUCUGAUAUUUUUAGAGUUAAGGAUGAAUUGGGAGAUGGGUAUUUGGUGGAUAAGAUUUUGGAUAAGACUGGGAUGAAAGGAACUGGGAAAUGGACUGUGCAGCAAGCUGCUGAGUUGUCUGUUGCUGCUCCUACAAUCGCAGCUUCAUUGGAUUGUAGGUAUUUGAGUGGGUUAAAGGAGGAGAGGGAAAAUGCAGCUGGGGUUUUGAGAGAAGCUGGAUUAAAGGAGGAAUUUGGUAGUUUAGCUAAGGGGAUUGAUAAGAAAAGAUUGAUUGAUGACGUUAGGCAAGCUUUGUACGCGUCAAAGAUAUGUAGUUAUGCUCAAGGGAUGAAUUUGUUGAGAGCUAAGAGUGUUGAAAAAGGGUGGAAUUUGAAUUUUGGAGAGUUGGCUAGGAUUUGGAAAGGUGGGUGUAUUAUAAGAGCUGUGUUUUUGGAUAGGAUUAAGAAGGCUUACCAAAGGAAUCCUAAUUUGGCUAGCUUGGUUGUCGACCCUGAGUUUGCUAAGGAGAUGGUUCAGAGGCAGGCCGCUUGGAGGAGAGUUGUGGGGUUGGCUAUCUCUGCAGGGAUCAGCACACCAGGAAUGUGUGCUAGUCUUGCCUAUUUUGAUACCUAUAGACGUGCAAGGCUCCCAGCAAAUCUUGUGCAGGCACAGAGGGACUUGUUUGGGGCACAUACCUAUGAGAGGAUUGAUCGUCCAGGUUCAUUUCAUACUGAGUGGACAAAGCUUGCUCGUAAGAGUAAUGCUGGUGUUGGUGCACUUAAUUGAGCUUUUCUAUUUUAUUUUGUUAUACUCUGGUUUACUUGUUUGUUUCAAUUGAGAGUUGGUUAUAUUUCCGUGUUGGAAUAGAAUUCUACAUGGGCAUGGCAAUGACUGUUCACUCUUGCAGUUUUUUUUUUUAAUAAAUGCAUGCCUUUUGAGUUUUAGAAAUUGAGUGGUUCAAUGAUUUGUGUGGCAACUUGCGGCAGAGUAGAUAGAGCUUUCAUCUGGUUCUCAUUAUAUUCCUGUUAUAAGGUUAAAUAAGAAAGGAUGGUAUGAAUUUAUACAAGAGUUGGAAUUUCGAAUUUUAGCACAAAUGAUUGAGAAAUUUUGGUAGCUUUCUUAAUGUAAAGGCAGAAAGAUUUGUCAGUUUGCAACUGGAAAAGGGUCAGUAACAUUGCAAACGUCUGCCCAAUUAUUUUGGAAAGGGAUGUUGUAGGUUAUUGUAGCUCCCAUUGUUACUCCUAUAUGGCCUUGGCAUGCAUCUUACAUUUGGUGACUCCUAUAUGGCUUUUAUUUUGUUCCUCGAAUAGAUGGGGCUAGAAACUAUUUUUCUUGCAUUCUUUGUUUGGACUGAUAUUCCUAAUCCCAGUCAUUUAGUUGUUAUGAAGAAUUUGUGAUGUCCAUGGAACUAUAGUUUAGAGUAGAGCAAUUGCUACUUUUUUCUUUUUUUGGCUCAAAAUGUUAACCAUUGCUGCUUUCUGGUGAACUAGUUGGGAUAAGCCAAUCUGAUACUACUGGUGACUUGAAUCAGCUGCAAAUAGAAUGGGGAAAGAACCUGUUUUGUACGUUCCCUGGAUUAAUGUUUUUAAUCCUAGUCAUGUAGUUGUUAUCAGUGAAAAUUUGCAGUGUCCAUCGCUAUGAGUUUGAUUAGAUGUCAAAGUAAGCAAUUUGAAUUGUGAAUCUCUUGCCUGAAUGUGGCCACUACGGAGUCCUCAUAAGGUGCACACUCAUGCAUCCGAAAAUUGCACUCGUUUUCUGUUUGCAGAUGAACAUUUGGAAGAGAUGAUUUGGCGACCGGUUUCAUUUUCGUAGCUUAAGAAAUGAAUUCUUAACAGUUUUCUGCUCUACGAGGUAGAUCUUGUGCAAGGUUUUCCUGCACUUGGUGGCCGGUGGGCAGUAUGAAGAUUAAUCUUUUACUUGAAAAUUCAUGUUUGACACAAAAUGUCUUUCAACGUCCCUUUUAACGAGUUAUAUGCCGCCGAACUUUGCCAGCGAGCGGCACCACCAGCCAUGAUCAUACAGAUUUCUUGUAUAUGUCAAUGGAACCUCUUUAAUAAAAACAUAGGAUGCUG